AUGGGUUGUGGUGGAUCAAAACCUUCUGCUAAUACUGUGACGCCUAUGGAGGAGGUGCUCGUGCCAAAGCACAAAUCAGCAGAUCCAGAGACUAAAGCUGAAAUUAACGCCAAGAAAUCUGGGAAGGCUGAAAAGAAUGCUCUGCCGUCGAUACAAAAGAAUGGUCCAAUGAGGCCAGCUACCGCUAAAGGCAUAGCAUUUACCAUACCACUCGACGAAAAGGCAACAGGUUCCAACGGAUCAAUAAAGAAGUCUCUUCCCAAGCUUAAUGUUGAUGUGAAUAGCAAAUUGGCCAAUGCUGAAGCUAGAUGGCAGGAAUUAGACUCAAAAUCCUCUCUGAAAUCAUCAGGUAGCGGUAAACGCCAACCACCAGCAAAUUUGACGAAAAAGACUGAUAUGGAUACCGAAGAAUUACGAGAAAAGCUUCUUGAACGUGAAAAGAAGGCAGAAGAAAACCGUGCCAAACAACUCCAGCAGAAAACCGAUGCUUUAGCUAAAAAGGACAAAUAUGCAGACACUGUCAGAGAACGAGCCAAGACUCAGACUGGUGACGAUGGAGAUGACGUUGAGUAUGGUGGAGAAGGUGAAGAUGACGAAUGA